UUGCCAGAUGACUCGGUGCCCGCAGUCUUGCCAGAUGACUCGGUGCCCGCAGUCUUGCCAGAUGACUCGGCGCCCGCAGUCUUGCCAGAUGACUCGGUGCCCGCAGUCUUGCCAGAUGACUCUGCGCCCGCUGUCUUGCCAGAUGACUCGGCGCCCGCAGUCUUGCCAGAUGACUCGGCGCCCGCAGUCUUGCCAGAUGACUCGGUGCCCGCAGUCUUGCCAGAUGACUCGGUGCCCGCAGUCUUGCCAGAUGACUCGGUGCCCGCAGUCUUGCCAGAUGACUCGGCGCCCGCAGUCUUGCCAGAUGACUCGGUGCCCGCAGUCUUGCCAG